CAGUAUGUGCUUCAUUCCAGUGCACAAGCCGAGCGAAACAGACGCUUCACGCAGCAGCAACAAGCUGACAAAUUCGCUCAGGGAAUAAAUAGAUCCACAGAAACGCGCGCGGCAGUUUUCUUCCACGGGAAUAACGCUCGGUCGUGGAUGUGAGUGCGAGCGCACAUGCUCGGCUGCGUGGGACGAUACAAACCAUGGUUCUGACACAAGUGCGGCUGUAUCUGCCUCUGCGCCUCUGACCACAGAAAACCACCAAAGUGUUUGGAUUUCAACGAUAAGGCCCCGACUAUUUAUUUUCAUUUUUUUUAUUAUUAUUAUUUUUAUUUUUUUCCUUGACUCUCAACAAAAAAAAAAAAAUAUUGCUGGAGAUAUUCCUGUCCUGGUGGUGACAGUGGACACUGGACGACCUGUUUACAGCUGAUUCGCUCCACGCGAGGGGAAAGGGACUGUGGGACCUGUGGUGGCUUCCUUUUUCUCCUGGAGAUCACUGACGGACUUUGUGCAUUUUUUACAACCACGGCUGUUGCUGUUUGUUUUUCUCCCCCCGAACUCUCACAUGUGCGUAUUUUGGUGAAUGGAGGUAACUGUGGUGCUGGAGGCUUGACGAAGCUGGGACAGGGGACGGGAGUGUGCGCGUGGAGCGUCGGAUAACCCCGGGAUUGUUUUGCCCUCCUCACUCUCUCGCUCUCGUGGGUCAAUUUACAUGUCCGACCUGAGCGCUUUGUGACAAUGGAUUACUUUCUGAUUUUGUGCAGCGUGUUGCUGCCGGCGGUGUCCGCUGUUGAAGAGACGCUGAUGGACACGAAGUGGGCUACGACAGAAUUAGCAUGGACUGCACACCCUGAAACCGGGUGGGAGGAAGUGAGUGGCUAUGAUGAUGCCAUGAACCCCAUCAGGACUUACCAAGUCUGCAAUGUACGUGAGCUCAACCAGAAUAACUGGCUGCGCAGUGACUUCAUACCACGGAAGGAUGUGCUGCGUGUCUAUGUGGAAAUGAAAUUCACUGUGCGUGAUUGCAACAGCAUUCCCAACAUCCCAGGUUCCUGCAAAGAGACCUUUAACCUCUUUUACUAUGAGUCUGACUCAGACUCAGCUACAGCCACCAGUCCUUUCUGGAUGGAAAACCCUUAUGUCAAGGUGGACACCAUUGCCCCAGACGAAAGCUUCUCCAUGCUUGAAUCGGGGAGGGUAAACACAAAGGUCCGAAGUUUCGGGCCACUGUCAAAAGCUGGGUUCUACUUGGCCUUCCAGGACCUUGGGGCUUGCAUGUCACUCAUCUCAGUUCGGGUGUUUUAUAAGAAAUGCUCCACCACAAUCGCCAACUUUGCAGUUUUCCCAGAGACAGCAACGGGGGCUGAGGCAACGUCCUUGGUAAUUGCACCAGGAACUUGUGUUCCUAAUGCCGUUGAGGUGUCUGUGCCACUGAAGCUUUAUUGCAAUGGUGAUGGGGAGUGGAUGGUUCCUGUAGGAGCCUGCACCUGUUCGGCUGGUUUUGAACCGGCAAUGAAGGAUACCCAAUGUCAAGCCUGCAGCCCUGGCACCUUCAAGUCCAAACAGGGGGACAGCUUCUGCUUGCCCUGUCCAGCCAACAGUCGUGCCAGCUCGGGAGCAGCCAGCGUUUGCUCCUGUCGUAAUGGUUACUACCGAUCAGACACAGACUCUCCGGACACCCCCUGUACCACUGUUCCCUCUGCGCCACGAAGUGUCAUCUCCAGCGUGAAUGAAACGUCGCUUGUGCUAGAAUGGAGUGAGCCACGGGACUUGGGUGGCCGCGAUGACAUCUUCUACAAUGUCAUCUGUAAGAAGUGUCUGCCUGAGCGGGGGAUGUGCUCCCGGUGUGACGACAAUGUCGACAUCUCGCCUCGCCACCUGGGCCUGACCCAGCGCCGCGUGGCUGUCCGUAACCUGCAAGCCCACACACAAUACAGCUUCGAGAUCCAGGCGGUCAACGGCGUUUCCCACAAGAGCCCUUACACACCUCAUUUCUCUUCAGUGAAUAUCACUACAAAUCAGGCUGCUCCAUCUGCAGUACCCACAGUUCACCUGAUGGUGGCCACAGCAAGCACAAUGAGUCUGUCCUGGCUGCCUCCAGAGAAACCGAAUGGAAUCAUUCUAGAUUACGAGAUUAAGUACCAUGAGAAGGUAAGCAGCAAUGAUCAAGGUGAGGCCAUUGCCCAUACCAUGACUGCCCAGCGGAGCAAUGCACGUAUUGAAGGUCUCAAGGCUGGUACGCCUUAUGUGGUUCAAGUUCGGGCCCGAACAGUGGCCGGUUAUGGACGCUACAGCAGCCCAGCUGACUUCAGCACCAACUUGCAAAGUGACCCUCCGAAGUCAUGGCAGGAGCAGUUGCCACUAAUCGUGGGAUCAAUCACCGCCACUUUGGUCUUCAUCAUUGCAGUCGUGGUCAUUGCAAUCGUGUGCCUCAGAAAGCAGAGAAAUGGUUCGGAGUCGGAGUACACAGAGAAACUGCAGCAGUACAAAUCCCCUAUAGUAACGCCGGGAAUGAAAGUCUACAUUGACCCCUUCACCUAUGAGGACCCCAACGAAGCUGUUCGCGAGUUUGCCAAGGAGAUCGAUGUCUCCUGUGUGAAGAUCGAGGAGGUCAUCGGCGCAGGUAACCCACCAAAGCUCCUGAGCUACAGGGGGAAGACUGCUAGUCACCUCCAGGCCAUACCAUUAGAGGACUUCACAUCAAGCGGAGAGUUUGGGGAGGUAUGUCGUGGUCGCCUCAAGCUGCCUGGGCGCCGGGAGAUCAUUGUUGCAAUCAAAACACUGAAGGUGGGCUACACUGACCGCCAAAGAAGAGACUUCCUGUCUGAGGCUUCCAUCAUGGGCCAGUUUGACCACCCCAACAUCAUCCGCCUGGAAGGUGUAGUCACCAAGAGUCGGCCAGUGAUGAUUGUGACUGAGUUUAUGGAGAAUGGGGCGCUGGACUCUUUCCUAAGGCUCAAUGAUGGACAGUUUACAGUGAUCCAGCUGGUGGGCAUGCUGCGUGGUAUCGCAGCAGGCAUGAAGUACUUGUCAGACAUGAACUAUGUGCACAGAGACUUGGCUGCUCGUAACAUCCUGGUCAACAGUAAUCUGGUGUGUAAGGUGUCUGACUUUGGCCUUUCUCGCUUCCUUGAGGAUGAUGCCACGGACCCCACCUACACAAGCUCACUGUAUUUCAUGCUCACCUACUCAUUCGCAUAUCCACAGGGAGGGAAGAUUCCCAUUCGCUGGACAGCUCCUGAGGCAAUUGCUUACAGGAAGUUCACCUCGGCCAGUGACGUGUGGAGCUACGGAAUUGUCAUGUGGGAAGUGAUGUCGUAUGGCGAACGGCCAUACUGGGACAUGAGCAAUCAAGAUGUGAUAAAUGCCGUGGAGCAGGACUAUCGACUGCCCCCACCCAUGGACUGCCCCACAGCACUGCACCAGCUCAUGUUGGACUGCUGGGUAAAAGAGAGGAACCUGCGACCCAAAUUCACCCAGAUUGUGGCCACACUGGAUAAGCUUAUCCGCAAUGCUGCCAGCCUCAAGGUGGUCACUAACAGCGCACAGUCCACUGGGGUGUCCCAGCCCUUGCUUGACCGCUGCAUCCCAGACUAUACCACUUUCACCACUGUGGGGGACUGGCUGGAUGCCAUCAAGAUGAGCCGCUACCGUGACAACUUUGUCAAUGCUGGAUUUGCUUCCUUUGACCUGGUGGCCCAGAUGACAGCAGAGGACUUGCUGCGGAUAGGGGUGACACUGGCCGGCCAUCAAAAGAAGAUUCUUGGUAGCAUUCAGGACAUGAGACUACAGAUGAACCAAACUCUUCCUGUCCAGGUGUGAGCAACUGGACGCACAGACCGAUGCAGUCAAAGGACAGCCAGACAGGAGAAGGGGAAGGAACUUUGGCAGAGAAAGCCAUUGGAAAACCCUAGCUGCCUGACCUAUCUCUGCCAAUUAGACGCGAUGAGACUGGCUUGCGGUGCCUCUGAAUAUUUUUUUUUCUUAAUUUCAUUACCACUUCCAUUCCCUGUUCGGGCUUUUUUGUUCUUGCCGUUUUUCAUCAUUUCCUUUCGUUCUUCUUCCCGCCAUCCAAUCAUAAUUUGUGUGUUUUUGAAGGAGGACGGAGUGUUAACCCUCUUAAAACCCACGUGUGCCUCACCAGCUCUGGUGUGGGGUGACAUUUGCAUGCAGGUGUCUUUGGUGAAGUUGGCCUUAGCCCUGUAACUGAAAACUUCACAAUGUGAUCCUCACGCAAGAACCCCCGCCCCCUUUUGCCCCGUAAUCCAGUUCUGAUGGACGUAAUAUAUAUAUAUGUAUAUAUAUAUAUAUAUAUAUA